UUCAGUCACAUUUUGAAAUUAAAUAAAGUGACUGUGACUUUAAAGAUUGCAAAUUUAUUGAAAGAAGAAAACAAAGACAAAAUACAUAUAUAUGUGCAAGUAUAUUAAAAUUAAAAUUUCAAGUGAGGAAAGAAGAUGUAGAGGAGAGUUCCAGUAUCGUAAAUUUGCGAUAGUGAGUGCAUUGUGAUUAAAAAGAAGCAUUUUAGGACUUUAACACCAUAAUGGAACAGUUUGACAUACAGAUUUUUCUCGAGCUGAAGUCAUGUUGUGAUAAUCUGAUAAAAAAUCCAAACCAGGAUCAUGCACACCGAGUUGCAGAAAUGGCUAGAAGAAUCCCUGAUAAGACCAUGCAGGAUCUAUCAGGGUAUUGUUUACUUCCCAUUAUUACCAGCCUCCAGAGCAACUCAAGUAUAACUGUAAAAGAGGAAUUGGUAAAGACAUUGAGAGUUAUAAUACAAAAAAUUAGAAUUACAAAAUUAAAACUCUUUUUUGAUAUCUAUGGAUCCUUGUUGAUUCAGAUUUUUGAUAAGAGUCAGUCAAAUCAAGUAAUAUUAUUUCAUGAAGAACUUAAGGAGGCAGUAGCUUUAUGUAUUAAAGAUCUUGUUCACCAAAGCAUUACUGAUGUGAUAGAAUCGCUUUAUGUCAAAGAAAAUGUGCUAAAACUUGGUCAAGGAAUAUUUUUAUGUCUAACAAUCGCAAGAACUGAAAAGUCAUAUGCCGUAAGAUUAGCAGGGAUCUAUGCAGUAAUGGCUUUGUGUCAUAUUGAUGAUCAAAUUAUAAACAAAUCUGAUAUCAUUAUACAAGAUCAAAUAGCAAAUGCUAUCAUGGCAUUUUUUCCUGGUAUUGUCAGCGGACUACAGGAAAUAGCAAUGGGAAGUGAAGUUCAAAAUCACAAACUUACAAUGAUAGCAACUCAAGCAUGGGGGAGAAUCAUAUCCCUUGUACUACGUGAUAAAGAUGAAGACACUAAAGAAGAUGCAUUAUCUAUAGAAACACUUAUUAAAAAAAGUUCCAGUAUACCCACUGACAAAUCACAUAAUACAAAACAUAAUGAAAAAUGUAAUAUAGAAUAUAAUUUAAAAAAUGGUGUAAGAAAUAAAGAAUGGUUUGACGCUGUAGCUGUUAAACUUGGUGUUUGUAUACAACUACUAGAUCAAAUUAGAAGUCAUUCGCACUAUAAAGUUAAAAGAGAAUUAGUUGAAAGUAUUAGUCUUAUACUUAAAAAUUGUCGCAGGAAUAUGAAACCAAAUAUUAUGACAUUAAUAGAUUAUUUGAUUUCUCUAUCUGAAGACGAAUCGUCAGAAGUUAGUGAAAAGGCGCACAAUGUGUUACAUGCAAUAAGUGAAAAUUACAUGCAAAAUUAUGAUAUGAAAUCAUUGAUUGAUUCAUUAGAAGAUAAAUUUUACAGCUUGCUUACAAGAUUACCCACAAUUAUUAGACGAUCAGAUGAUAAUGAACAAUUAGCAUAUUUGAAUCAAUUUGCUGGCUAUUUAAGAUUAUUUGGAAAGCAAAGAUUGCCUCACAUUAUGAAGUCUCAGGCUCAUAUGCAAAGGUUGCUCUUGGCUCUUGUGUAUAUUAUGGUCAUAGACUGCAACAAUGUGUCUCUUCUACAGAUGACAAAUGUAAAAGAUUUAGAUGACCCUGCAUAUUUUUAUGGAUCUGAUUUGUGGAAACAGUUUAAGUUUAUUAAAAAUAGUUCAUGCAAAGAAAAACUUAUUGUAAUAUGCAAGUUACUCGGAGAAUUUGGGGAUUUUAGGAUACUAAUCGACACUAUUCUUGAGCUUAUGAUGGAUGCAUCACAACACAGGAAGGAACUGAGUUUGCUGCUUAACUGGAUCUUAGUUUCUGUUAAAGAUUCAUCUUCUUCAUAUUUAUAUAAAGAAAUCGUAGAUUUUUACACAACACAAGAAAUAUGGUAUUUGCCUACAGAAGUAACUGAAGAUACUCCUUUGGUGCAGGCACAGAGUAAUAUAGUGCAAUGUUGUCUUUUAAUAGAAGGAUUAGGCCUUAUAGCACAAAAUUUACGACACGACUACGAUAGAUAUCUUUUGAAAACUUUAUAUUUAAUUAUUGAAAGAGCAGGCAGUGGCAACAGUUUAAUUAGCUAUAUUGGAAUGCGCACUCUCGAAAAUGUUGCAGAAGCACAACAACAAGGAACAAUCGGUGAUCUGUUACGUGCUAACGUAGAUUAUUUUUCUUAUCACAUUAUAAUGAAAUUACGGCAAGUAGAUCGUAAUCCCGGCGUAUUCGAUGUUAUCAAGGUCGUUAUGAAAUAUAGCAGAUUAGAUUUUUUACCACACUUAAAGGGAAUUGUGGAGGAUGUUCUCAGGCAACUAAGUACUCCUUAUCAUCAGAAAAAUACUUGUUCAUUCUUGAAGAUAUUUCACACAUUUAUCAUAUGCAUAAAAACGUUAAUAAACUGGAACGAUGAAAAGAUAGCGAAAGAAAAUGCACCAGUUACAAAUAAUCCUUCAGAGAUAAUUAUUCUUUGCUUAUUAGAAUACUGUAAUGCAAAAAAGAUUAAUGAAAAAAUUGAGGAUGACUACCCCGAAGGGAUAGAAUCAGACUCGAAUGUACUGGAUACUGAACUAUUAGAAGAGACAAACGAGGAUUAUUUAGAUUCCAAUGCAAAAGGUAAAAACAGUUUAUCUUUAAAAAUUGCAAAAUUUACUCAUUGUUUAUAUAUUCCAGACAAACAGGACAAAAAGUUACCGACUCACAUAAAGAUAAUCAUAGAAGUUAUGAAACGUUGUAUGCACUUUCUACCUUUGAAAGACGUACAAAAGUCAUUGAUGGCAAUGCAAACGCUUCAGGAGGGCUUACCGAUACUAGUAGAGUGGGAAGAUGAAUUAUUGCCUCUUGUGCAUCAGUUGUGGCAUCCACUAACCGAUAGAUUCAAUGAUGAAAAUGCUCUUGUAAUUAACCACGCGUGGCAACUCUUGCACGUACUUGCUAGCAUAUCGAAUGACUUCAUCAGAAGCAGAACUCUACGAGAAGUAUUGCCAUCAGUAUUUAAGUUUUUAACUAAAUCUUCUAAAGAAAGUAUUAAUAAGAGCUCAGUAAAUAUUUACAAAUUUACACAAACUUACAAAACCCAAUACGAAUUAUUAUCUACUUUGGGAAUAAUUGCGCGACUCUUGAAACUAUGGGAGCAUGAGUUAUGGCAAAUAUUAAGUAAUACACAAAUGUACCUUAGUGCACGUCAACAUACUGCAUUACAGACAUGCUGUGUAAAAUUGUACAAAGAUAUUGCUGAUUAUAAUGAAGAUCUCGCGUGGGUGAAAUGCCUCAGUAUCUGGAAUUCAAAAGUUGCACGAAUAAUAUCCGAUGCAACAUUUGAUAUGAAAAAUCUGGUUCCAGAUUCAUCAAAUGAAUAUUAUAGAAAUGUAAAUGAAAUCAUUGUAUACAUCCAACAAAAAAGUAUCAACUAUUAAAUAAUAUACAUUUAAAAAAUUCAAGAACUGUAAUAAUAUAGAAACCUUAAAAAUGUGAUACAAUAUAAAAAAACUAGACCAACUCUUUGGACAAUAUGAUAAUUACAAAACACUUAUACUGAAGUAGCGUAAAAUAUUAAUCUCAUAAAAAAAUGUCAAUUUAUUUAAAUAUUUGUAUAGAUUCAUACAUGUGGUCACAUGUAUGAAUAUGUGACCACUAGCAAAUAAAAAAUUUGUGACAGAAA